AUGCCGAUGAAGGAAUGGAUCUACCAACUGCAACCGGUGCAGCUUUACAUCGUUCUAGCUCUCUCGACUGUGUAUUUCGUGGUGCAGCUUUUUGUGAGCCACAUUUCGCACUCGCUGGUGCUGCUCGUUAACUCCUAUCACAUGAUGUGCAACAUCAUCGCCCUCACGGGCUGCAUCCUCACCAUAAAGAAAAGUGCCAAGCACACGGCCCAAGACUGUGGACAACCCUUGCAACUAGAUGCCCGGUCCGUCUCGCAACAGCUAACCGAUCCGCAAGUGAGUGGUGGAGCCGGCGGCAAGCUCACGGAGGUUCCACUUGCACUGGGAACACCGGAAGGCAGCAGCGAAAGUACGGAUAUGGCUCUGGACAUCAAGCGCAACGUGAAGGCGAAAGCCCGCGCGGUGCGAGAGACCAGCCUUAAGAACACUUUCGGCUGGACCCGUAUCGAUAUUCUAACGAUGCUCGUUGUUUGCAUCUUCAUGGCUUCGUUCUGCUUUUCGGCCGUCGUCGAAGCGCUUCAAACCCUGUUCCACAUCUCGCAUCACGGAGAUGCGAUGCACUUUGCGGGCGAAAUCCUAGUGCUCGCCUCGCUCGGGCUGGUGCUGAACGGUAUUUGUUAUCUUUUGAUCGGCGGGUACACUUAUCAUCAGGGCAGCUUUUUGUACAUCACUUCGAGCGGGAACGUCAUCAUUGACCACUCCAUCAGCGGGGACGGUGUGCGGAAGGGCAAUCGACGUCUGUCCGGCUCGAGACACCAUGAGGCACCGCUGCAAUUGCGUAGCAAGUCGAAGCGCGAGAGUGUCCGGGAGCUGACGCGUGACAUUUGCAGCACGGUGAUCGUGAUCAUUUGCUCGCUGAUCGUGUACUACACCACCGAAGAGACGUCCAAGUUUGUCGAUCCCGCGCUAGCGAUCGUGUCCUGUGUGAUUCUGAUCGCCCUGAGCUACCCGUAUAUGAAGGAAUCGGGGAUGAUACUGCUUCAGACCAUCCCCGACACGAUCGAUAUCGAAAUCUUCAAACGAUCGCUACUGGACGGGUUCAAAGAUAUUGACAGUGUGCACGAUCUACACAUCUGGCAGCUGAGCCGGAACCAGUACGUCUCGACGGUGCACAUCAUAUUUGAAAGCCCAAAGGUAUUCCAUACCAUCCGGGACGAUGUGAUCGAGUUCUUCCACGAGCAGGGCAUCUACCAGGUGACGAUCCAGCCGGAAUUCAAAACGAUGAGUGAAAGGGGCCAGGUUGCCCCGACCGAGAGCUGCCUGAUCCAGUGUCGCACCAUAGCGCAGUGUGCCAGUCGCCAGUGUUGCGAUACGGUCACGGGCCAGGAAGAUGGAGCCGCGAAAGCACCACUACUAACGGAAGUGAUCACGGAGCCCGGCGCGGUGGGCACGCAGGGCGGCUGUGAGAAGAUUCCGAUGACUCCUAUGGAGCCACCAAGUGGCCAGCAGUGUUUGGAGGAAGUCGCAGUGAUUGCCGGUGAUGAUGGUGAUCAACAAGCAGUCACUGAUGUGGUUCCAGCAGAGGUACUCCCUAGCUCGCGGUCCGAACAGCACGACCCAGUAGCAAGCAACUCGGAACCGGAGAAAGACUCACCCACAGUACAAACGGGUCCAGUUAAGACUGAUUGUGAACAGCCGGAACCAAACGGUGCAUGAGUGAAGGUAUUUCCGUGUCGACGAGCAAAACCUGCUGUCCUCGCCAAUGUUCCGCAGCUAUACAGGGAGGCGCCGCCAGUGCCUUGAUUUCACCGCCCUCAGCCGAGGGUGUUGCCAUAUUGCUUAUACUGUACCGUAUACAACGCGAGAGAAAGAAAACAGUUCGUGUGAUGGAUGUGAACUAGCAUUUUAUUGUGUUAAGAAUA